AUGGACCCCGCCAGGAAAGCAGGUGCCCGGGCGGUGAUCUGGACCACGGGUUGGCUGCUGCUGCUGCUGCCGAUGCUGCUUCAAGGAGCGCGGGCGCUGGAGUGCUACAGCUGCGUGCAAAAGGCCGACGACGGCUGCUCCCCGCAGAAGACGAAGAUCGUGAAGUGCGCGCCGGGCGUGGAAGUCUGCACGGAGGCCGUGGGCGCGGUGGAGACCAUCCACGGGCAGUUCUCGGUGGCGGUGCGCGGCUGCGGCUCCGGCCUCCCGGGCAAGAACGACCGCGGCCUGGACCUCUUCGGGCUGCUGGCCUUCAUCCAGCUGCAGCAGUGCGCGCAGGACCGCUGCAACGCCAAGCUCAACCUGUCCGCGCGCGCGCUCACCCCCGCAGGCAAUGAGAGUGCGUACGAGCCCAACGGGGCCGAGUGCUACAGCUGCGUGGGGCUGAGCCGCGAGGCCUGCCGGGGCGCCGCGCCGCCCGUCGUGCGCUGCUACAACGCCAGCGACCGCGCCUACCAGGGCUGCUUCGACGGCAACGUCACCCUGACGGCAGCCAACGUGACGGUGUCCUUGCCGGUCCGCGGCUGCGUCCAGGACGAGUUCUGCACCCGGGACGCCGUGACGGGCCCGGGCUUCACGCUCAGCGGCUCCUGCUGCAAGGGCCCCCGCUGCAACGCCGACCUCCGCAACAAGACCUUCUUCUCGCCGCGCAUCCCGCCGCUGGUGCUGCUGCCCGUGCCCCAGGCCACGACCUCCGCCACGGCCGCCACCUCCGCCACCACCUCCGCCACCGCCACCACCUCCGCCACCGCCUCCGCCGCACCCCGCGCGCCCACCAAGCCCGUCUCCACCGCCAAGCCCAGCCCCGCCUCCGCCAGCCGCACGCCGCCCAGGGAGGUUGCAAUCAACACUGUGUUCUUAGAGGAGGGGGCCAGCCUGACCGCAGGCGCCGCGGGCCACCAGGACCGCAGCAACAAGGAGCAGCGCCCCACCAACACGUGGCCCCACAACGGGGGCUCGGCAGCGCCCUCUGCCGGCCUGGCGGCCCUCCUGCUGGCCGUGGCCGCCCGCACCCUGCUAUGA